AUGGCAGCCAGCACAGCGGCCGCCGGUCCUAUCGGACUGUCGCCCAUCUCCGACGAGAAAGGCUUCCUCUAUGCCACGCCAGCUGUGCCGGUAGUCGGUGCCCAGAACAGCUACGGACUCGAAACCGGCUGGCAGACGCCUUGCAGCAUGGACAGCAACGGCGGCUUGACCCGAAAUCACUCCAUCUCGUCCGAGCUCGGCAUUAUGGGCAUGGACGACCAGACACAGCAUAGCCAUAUUUCUGGAUUUACUGCGCGGAGUGGAGAUCUCUACGCAACCAAUCUUCCGUGGACAUCACCCGCGGAUCUGUCCGCUUCUCAAUUUCCGGAAGCAAGUCUGGGGAUGCAUAUGGGUGUCCACAGCCGAUCCCAAUCUUUCGACUUCUCCAUGCCGGCAACUCCUGGGGCUGGCGUGGGCUGGAUCGACUCUCCCAUGGUGGACAUGUACGGCUACGGUCAGAAUCCCAUGCACACGCCGGCCAGCAUGGACUCCUCGUCGAACAACUACAUCCCCAGUCCAGCUACAACCCCUAGCAUGCGGCAAAGCCCGCCUGUUGGUCACGAGUCAGUGCCGAUGAUGGCUAGCCACGACAGCAGCGGAGGCGUGCGUCACCGUCACCGUAGCAGAAGUGACUGCCCAUGCUUUUCCACCUGCCUAAACUCGCUGCAGGCCCUACACAACGCUUCCAGCCCGACGGCGCCGGCAUUUGACGUCGUCCUAAAGCUAAACAGCAAGGCUGUCGAGGGCUGUUCUGCCAUGCUUGGGUGCCCACGCUGCAUGAGCCGGUCAGGGACGCAUACUGCCGCCAUGCUGCUGGCCACGGUCAUCGGAAAGAUCACGUCUUUUUACAAGUAUGCUUCGCAAACAUACUUCAGCCACACUUCCAACGGCAUGGACUCAGCCAUGUACGGCAUGGGGACUGGCGGAACUGGUGAGGUCGACUGCAGCAGCGGCUAUUCGAGUUCUUCGUCACCACAGUCAGCGACAGCAGCGACAACAGCCGCACCAACUGCUACAAUGGCUACAGGUCUUGGCGUCAGCCUGGGUGCAUAUCAGCUGCAGGGUGAGGAUGGCCGCUGGCUACAGCUGCAGAUCCUGAAUCGGGAGCUCCACAAGUUGGAGGACGUCUACACGCGCUUUCGACAGGUAUGCGGCGACCUGUCGGAGGACGUGGAGAUGUCCAAGGCCAUGAUCGGCUACCUGGGACAGACACUUGGCUCGACACUGGAUUUGGUCAACCACCGAAAGGGAGACCUCCGUUAUGCAUGA